UUGUGAAAUGUCACAUGCCAACGGUCACGUGAUAACAUGUUUGCGGAAGACAUUUUUUAUUUUUAUUUUUUCACUGCAGGCUAAUGAACCUUGCAUUCCAAUACAAAACAGUGUGAACUACUCUAGAAAUUUUUAAUUUCAACAAAAUCACAUUUCCAAAUUACAAAUCCGAACAUUAUCAACACGAGGAAGAUGCUCAAGCUAUUUCUUUGGUUCUUGCUUCUUUGUCGCCUCGGGGAGUCCAAGAGAAGAAAUGUUCUUCUAAUAAUCGCCGAUGAUGCCGGUUUUGAAACAGAGGUGUACAACAACUCGGUGGUCCGCACCCCUCAUCUGCGUUCUCUGGCUCAACGCAGUGUUGUGUUCAACAACGCUUUCACCUCUGUCAGCAGCUGUUCCCCCAGCCGCUCCACCAUCCUCAGUGGUUUGCCACAGCAUCAGAAUGGCAUGUAUGGCCUUCACCAAGGUGUCCAUCAUUUUAACUCUUUCGAUGGUGUCCAAAGUCUGCCGCUGCUCCUCAGCCAAGCCAAUAUACACACGGGUAUAAUUGGAAAAAAGCAUGUUGGUCCUGGCUCUGUCUACCCUUUUGACUUUGCUUACACGGAGGAAAACAACUCUGUCCUUCAGGUUGGGCGGAACAUCACCCGCAUCAAACUUCUCGUGCGAAAGUUUUUCCAGACCCAUAAAGAGGAAGCUUUUGUCAGAAAACAAAAAGCGGAAGACAACACAGUCAGCAAUUUGAAAGAUGAAGAAGAAAGGCCUUUUUUCCUUUAUGUGGCUUUCCAUGACACGCACCGUUGUGGGCAUUCCCAGCCCCAGUAUGGUGCUUUCUGUGAGAAGUUUGGGAAUGGAGAGAUGGGAAUGGGUAGAAUUCCUGACUGGUCUCCACAAUAUUACACACCAGAGCAAGUCAAGGUUCCCCCUUUUGUACCAGACACACCGGCAGCCCGAGCUGACUUAGCCGCAUUAUAUACUACAGUUAGCCGACUGGACCAAGGUAUUGGAUUAGUUCUUCAAGAGCUCAGGGAUGCUGGUUAUGAAAAUGACACCCUGAUCAUCUACAGCUCCGAUAAUGGCAUCCCCUUUCCUAAUGGCAGGACCAACCUGUAUCACUCUGGCACAGCAGAGCCCAUGCUGGUGUCCUCUCCAGAGCACAGGGAGCGAUGGGGAGGCACCAGCCAGGCCUAUGUCAGCUUAUUAGAUAUCACUCCCACCAUCCUGGACUGGUUUUCUGUUCCCUACCCAUCAUACAGCCUCCCUGGGAUCAGUACUGUCCCUGUCCACCUCACUGGCCGCUCUUUGCUUCCUGUUCUGGUCACUGAGCCCAGAAGCUGGCAUACGGUCUACGCCAGCCAAUCACUGCACGAGGUCACCAUGUACUACCCAAUCCGUUGUGUCCACCAGGGGGCAUACCGCCUCCUCCACAACCUGCACUACCGCAUGCCCUUUCCCAUCGACCAGGACCUGUAUGUUUCGGACACCUUCCAGGACCUGCUGAACCGCACCAGGCUGAGUGAGCCCACACACUGGUUCAAAAGUCUGCAGCAGUAUUACUACAGAGAGCGAUGGGAGCUGUACGAUAUCAGAGGAGAUCCUCUGGAAACAAAGAACCUGGCGCCAGACCCGUCCUACAGCGGCGUACUGGAGAGCCUGAAGCAGAAUUUACAAAAAUGGCAGUGGGAGACAGGGGAUCCGUGGGUCUGUGGAGCAGACUAUGUCCUGGAGGACAAGCUGGAGCCACACUGCAGACCGCUUUACAAUGGACUUUAAUAGUCUACCUUGAUUGAUUAAAUCUGCACUCAGUACACAAUAAGUAAUAAAUUAUAUUUUUGUAUGCUAUGCUGCUUUUAAUGGUUACAUCUCCUUAAAUUAUAUAAUGUUAAGGUAUCUAUGUUACUGGAUGGGGUCUCUAAUCAGUUUCCAUACAUCUAUGUGCUGUAUUCUCAUCAUGCAGAGCCUCUUAUGGAGAGGCAAAAUGGCAAACGACAUUUAACUGUUUCAUUUUUUUAUUAGAGGAGUGCAUCCCUCGCUAUUUUUUUCCCGGGAGGGGAGUGAAGCUGCUGAUGCAAAACAAGAGGAAUCAGUUCAUCAAUCUGCAAAUCACUUUGUAUUGAUAUGUUUCUGUUGUUUUCCUCUGAGCCUAAUUUUGAAGCAAGACGGCUGAUUGUGGGUCAGUGAGGGGAUGGGCUGUUUUUAUUGAUGUGCUCCUUUUUCUUCUUUAACUUAAAAUCCAUGUUGACUCAUUUGAAAGUCUUUUAAAGCUAUGCAUUCACUGUUCUGCUUUGUUCAACACUGACACAAUACAACAGCAAUUGGUGUUUUCCACAUAACCUC